AGUCGUCGCAACCUUUCCCUUCUCCUCUUCUCUUCUCUUAAACUCUUCUACAAACAAACACCCUUUCCCCACUUUUCAAAUUCUAUAUAUAUAUAUUUAAUAACAUAAACCACACCGCCCUCCCCACACAUUCUUUCUUUCUUUCAUUCAUAAUAAUCAGACGCGUACACAGACAGAGAUGGUCCCCGGCGGUGUAGUUUUGGAUUUCCCGGCCGGUGAAACGCCGUCGUCUCCUCCAAGACUACCCCGCAGGCUCAGACGGAGGCGCGACCUUGUUCAGUCCUCCAAGACUCCCAACACUGUCGAACAAAUCCAAACCAAGCUUCGACUCGCCGAUCUUCGCCGCCAGGAACACUAUGAAAAGUUGUCAAACAAGGCCCGGACAAAGCCCAGAAGCCCCUCUCGGUCUUCUUCUCAAGAGGAAGACCUUGGCGAGCGACUGGAUGCCAAGCUCCAAGCUGCUGAGAAGAAAAGGUUGCUUAUUUUGGAAAGUGCUCAAAUGCGCUUAGCUAAGUUGGAUGAGUUGCGGCAAGCAGCUAAAAGUGAGGUAGAAAUGCGUUUUGAGAAGGAACGACAGAAGCUUGGUUCAAAAGUUGAAUUACGUUUUCAGCAGGCAGAGGCAAAUAGAAUGCUUAUGCUCAAGGCUUAUAGACAAAGAAGGGCCAACUUGAAGGAGAGGUCAUCUCAGUCAUUGUUGCGAAAGAUGGCUUGGGAGAAUAAGUACAAGGAGCGCGUGCGUGCUGCAAUUAACCAAAAACGCGCAGCUGCUGAGAAAAAGCGACUGGUACUUUUGGAAGAAGAGAAGAAGAGGGCAUAUGCCAGGACGUUGCAAGUGCAAAGAGUAGCGAAGUCUGUCUCUCACCAACGUGAGAUUGAAAGGAGAGCGAAAAGGGAUCAGUUAGAAGACCGGUUGCAGAGGGCAAAGAGACAAAGAGCAGAAUAUCUCAAGCAAAGAGGAAAGAUACAGAAUUCAUUUCAAGUCAGUUGGAAUAGGAUGCACAAACAGGCUGAUUUCCUGUCUAGAAAGUUAGCAAGGUGUUGGAGACGGUUCCACAGGCUAAAGAGAACUACGUUUGCUUUGGCAAAAGCUUACAAUACCUUGAAACUUGAGGAAAAUAGCGUCAAGUCAAUGCCGUUCGAGCAGCUUGCAAUUCUGAUUGAAUCACCUGAUACCCUUCAGACUGGGAAGGCUCUACUUGAUCGACUUGAGAAUCGGUUGAAAGUCUCCAAGACUGUAGCCUCUAUAAACUAUCCGUCCAGUAUUGAUAACAUAGAUCACCUUCUCAAACGAGUUGCUUCUCCCAAAAGGAGGACCACACCAAGGACAUCUUUGAGAAGCAGGGAGGGAAAGAAAGCCUCUUCUGUCAGGGCCACAACCAGAACUUCAGCUAAAUUAACAAGGUAUCAAGUGAGAGUGGUUCUUUGCGCUUACAUGAUUUUGAGUCAUCCAGAUGCGGUUUUCAAUGGUCAAGGAGAGCGUGAGACUUCUCUGGCCAAAUCUGCAGAAGAAUUUGUUAGAGAGUUUGAGUUGUUGGUGAAGACUAUAUUACAGGGCCCGGUCAACAGUUCUGAGGAAGAGUCUGAUUCCACAUCGCCCAAACGCUUAACCUUCAGAUCUCAGCUAGGAGCUUUUGAUAAAGCGUGGUGCUCCUACUUGAGUUGCUUUGUGGCAUGGAAGGUUAAGGAUGCCCAGUUGUUGGAGGGAGAUUUAGUGAGGGCAGCUUGCCAGAUGGAGCUGUCUAUGAUUCAAACUUGCAAGAUGACUUCAGAAGGACAUACUGCCGAUCUCACUCAUGAUAUGAAGGCUAUUCAGAAACAGGUCGCAGAAGACCAAAAGCUACUGAGGGAAAAGGUGCAACACUUAAGUGGAGAAGCUGGGAUUGAGCGCAUGACAUCUGCUUUAUCUGAAACACGGUCCAAGUAUUUUGCAGCAAAGGAAAAUGGAAGUCCAUCAGGGUUGCAAACCACACAGUUUGUUUCUCCAAGCCCUCCAAGUUCAUCAGCUGGUCCUUCUGUUUCUAGCUUAGAUAAGAAGAGUAAUCCAAGUCGUGUAGUUCGUUCCCUAUUUCAGGAAGAUGAAUCUAUUCGUCCUAAAGGAUUAGAGUCAACUGAGAUUGGAUUGAUUGUGAAUGAGUUCUCUAAGACCAAUUUGAGUGGGCAGCUCGGAUCUUCUUCCCAAAAGCCGGUCACUGAGAAUGAACUGAUUGUGAAUGAGUUUCUCCAUGAGCAAAACCAGGCUUUUGCCAAUAUUUUCAAUGCUGCCGAUGAAGAUCAAAAUAAUGUCCAGUCAAAGAUCAGAAACACUAUGGAGAAGGCUUUCUGGGAUGGCAUAAUGGAAUCUGUAAACCAGGAAGAGCCCAACUAUGACCGGAUCAUUCAACUGUUGGAGGAGGUGAGGGAUGAAAUUUGCACCAUGGCUCCACAGAGCUGGAAACAAGAAAUUGUUGAAGCAAUUGAUGUGGAUAUUCUCUCUCAGGUGCUAAAAUCUGGUAACCUGGAUAUUGAUUACCUGGGAAAGAUCCUAGAGUUUUCAAUGGUCACUUUGCGAAAGCUCUCCGCUCCUGCGAAUGAUGAUGAAAUGAUGGCCACUCUCCAGAGUUUAAGGAAAGAACUAGAUGAGAUAUGUAAUGCUAGGGACCAGUCCAACUGCCCAGGUGUCAUUGCUAUGAUCAAGGGUCUGCGUUUUGUUCUAGAGCAGAUUCAGGUGCUUAAACGUGAGAUUAGCAAAGCACGUAUAAGAAUAAUGGAGCCUUUGUUGAAGGGGCCCACUGGUUUGCAGUACCUUAGAAAUGCCUUUGCCAAUCGCUAUGGACCUGCCUCAGAUGCCAAUACCUCUCUACCAGUGGCGGUGCAGUGGCUUUCAUCCGUGUGGAAUUGCAAAGAUCAGGAGUGGCAAGAACAUAAGAUUGCUUCCUCGACUUUGAUGAGCAGUGAUAAUUUGUCUCAUGAGUUUCUUCCUUCCACCACCCUUAGAAGUGGUGGAAGCUUUCUGUUGAAAUCAAAUUCUUCAUCGCUGUCUUCUGGAAAUAGCCGAGGUAAUGUACAACCGGAAUGCAAGGGAGAAGGAGUUGAUUUGUUGGUGAGGCUCGGCUUGUUGAAGUUGGUGAGUGGUGUUUCUGGUCUGACUGAAGAGGCCCUGCCUGAAACUUUUAUGCUUAACCUUUCUAGAUUAAGGGCUGUGCAGGCUCAAAUUCAGAAAAUUAUUGUUUCUUCCCUAAGCAUUCUUAUUUGCCGGCAAACCAUAUUAAGUGAGGGGGUGAUAACAAUGCCCUCAGACAUGGAGGGCAUCCUGUCAAGAUGCAUUGAGCGACUUUUGGGGAUAUUGGACAGUGUUGAAGAUGCAGGUAUGGAAGAAAUUGUUGAAUCAAUCAGUGAUUUCUCCAUCAAUGGAAAUGAAGUUGUGGACACUGAGAAAGUUCGGUCAAGAAAGAUGGUUAUAGCCCGGAUGUUAGCAAAGAGCCUGCAAGCUGGGGAUCCCGUGUUUGAGAGGGUUUCCCGUGCUGUUUAUAUGGCUGCAAGAGGAGCGGUUCUUGGGGGGAGUGGACCUGUUGGAAGAAAAUUGGCUGAAACUGCACUCCGGCAAGUUGGAGCAGCGGUGCUGAUAGACAGUGUGGUGGAAGCUACUGAAGUUUUAGUUGUGGCUGCUACCAUAUCAGUUGGUGUUCAUGGAGCAUGGUAUAUACAUAUGACUGAUAACAUGUGAAGGGGUUUGAAAGUGACUAUCGUACAGAAUAAAUAAUAUGCACAUUUGUAUAUGGUAGUGUGUUGUGUAAGCUGUGAAUAAAGUAAGCGUAUUCUGUACAUUUCUGUAGAUGUAAGACAUUGGAUGUUAAUUCUUUCGUGUAAAUAAUGUGAGGUUUGCUUGAAAAUAAGGAAUGGGGUUUCGUUGGUGGCU